AUGGGUGUGGCUAAUCCCAUUCUUGGUAAUAUGAGAAGGACAAAUUGGGACAGAGUAGCCGUAUUAGGCAUUUGUGGCAGAAGGAUGUCGAAAGUGAAAGGGGGUUCAGUUUACAAGUUGCCCAUCAAGACAGGGAAGACUGGGAUAUUUUAUUCAUUUAGAGCCCAAGACCAUUGUUCUUGUAUUAUUAAAUCUGAGGCUGUUGUUAACCAAGGUCUUACGCCAUUCAGAUUUUUUAACCUGUGGACUGAGCAUGACAGGUUUCCAGCUGUGAACUACACUAAUGCUAAGGAAAAGUUCCAAGAUGCUAAUUUGACUCUCCAAAGGGACCCGCACUCAACAGAGUUACAAAACAAGGAGAGGAUUGCGGGGGAGUUAUUUGCUAAGCAUGCUAAAACUUAUGACAGCUUUCUUAGACAGAAAAGUAAAGUGAAUUGGCUUCGCCAUGGUGAUGACAAUACAUCAUAUUUUCAUGCGUGCCUAAAACAACGAAGGGCCUCUAAUCGGAUAACUUCUUUUAUCAAUGAUUCUGGUCAGUUGGUAGAGAGGUUUAAGGAUGUGGUAGACCAUUUUGUGAGCCACUUUCAAAAGAUAAUGGGGAGUCUGAGUAGUGCUACAAUGCCCAUUCAGGAUUCUUGUUUCAGCUUGGGUCAUAGACUAACCGUAGACCAGCAAAUUGGUCUAAUAAAGCAAUUUACUAGGAAGGAGGUGGAAGAUGCUUUGUUUAGUAUUAAUGCAAUUAAAAGUCCGGGUCCAGAUGGGUAUGGCUCGGGUUUCUUUAAAGCCAUGUGGAAGGAUUUGGGUGCGGAAGUUUCAGUGGCAAUUCUAGAUUUCUUUGAGAAGGGUAUUCUGCCGAAAGAGCUAAAUAUGGCAACCAUUACUUUGAUUCCUAAGGUUGAUACCCCUACCAAAGCAGUAGAUUUUCGUCACAUAGCUUGUUGCAAUACCAUUUACAAAUGCAUAUCUAAGAUGCCUUGUGGUAGAUUGUCGACAGUCCUCCCUAGUCUUAUUAGCCAAAAUCAAGGAGCAUUCGUGCAAAAGAGGUUGUUAGCGCAUAAUAUUAUGAUUCUUCAGGAUAUUAUCAAAGGUUAUAAUAGGAAAAAUAUCUCUCCUAGAUGUGUUCUGAAGAUAGACCUGAGUAAAGCAUAUGACAUGCUUGAUUGGAAAUUUUUAGAAACUAUUCUCUCUACCCUUUGUUAUCCGAAAAGGUUCAUCAAUUGGGUGAUGACUUGUUUAAGGGAUCCUACUUAUUUGAUUUUACUGAAUGGCUUAGCAGCCCUUAAAAAGGAGUUCCGGUUUCACCCAAAGUGUAAAAAUCUGAAGCUUAUUAACUUGUGUUUUGCGGAUGACCUGGUCAUUUUUUGCAAGGGUGAGAAUAAGUCAGUUAUUAAGGACUGUUUCAAUGCAUUUAGCUCGGCUUCUGGUCUAUCAGCCAACAUGGAAAAGUCACAGGUGUACUUUGGGGGCUUGGCUGACAGUGAGAUGAAAAAGCUGCUGCAUAAAAUUCAGUUUAAUGAGGGGUGCUUCCCUCUCAGAUAUCUGGGAGUGCCUAUUCGCACCACUAAAUGGAAGGCAGGAGAUUGCGCUUUGAUUAUUAAAAAGAUUCAACUGAAACUUCACAAUUGGUCAAGUCGUCACCUAUCAUUUGCAGGAAGGGCCCAGCUGAUUAAUUCUGUUCUUCUUAGCAUUAGGACGUUCUGGAUGAGCAUCUUCAUUCUUCCCAAGAGUGUUCUAAUGGAAAUAGACCAGCUUUGUAGAAACUUUCUUUGGGGGCGUAAAGACAAUAGUAGCAAUCGAUGCAAAAUGCAUUUUACAUUGUGGGAUCAAGUUUGCCAGCCUAAAUGCAUGGGGGGUCUUGGUUUUAAGCAUGGGGUUACUUGGAACAUAGUUCUUCUUGCUAAAUUUGUGUGGGCUGUUUCUUCUAAGCAAGACAUAUUGUGGGUGAAAUGGAUUGACUCCAUUUACCUUAAGGGGCAGGAUUUUUGGAGCCAUAAAGUCCAGCAGGAUGCGAGUUGGUAUUGGAAGAAGAUAGCUAAUAUGAGAGAUAUUUUUUCUUCUCAGAGUUUGGACGAAGCAAUCAGAAACAAUAAGAUUAGUGUGCGAGUUCUCUAUAACAGGUUGCUGAAUACUAGAAAGGUUUAUUUUGCUAAUGUGGUUUGGUGUUCCCUAGCAGUGCCUAAACAUAGAUUUAUCUUUUGGCAAGCUGCUCUUGGUCACCUGCUCACUAGAGACAAGUUACAGAUGUGCCAUUUGCAUUUAACUUCUGCUAUGUGUCCGGUUUGUGAAGAGUUUCAGGAGUCCCAUUCACAUUUGUUUUUUGCUUGUUCUUUCUCUCAUCAACUGAGAACCAGAUUGGAGAGCUGGCUGGGAAAAGAUGCUUGGCUGAGUAGGUAUGAUGACUGGCAUUCGUGGAUGAUGGGCAAGCCUAAGGGUCUAUUGCAAAGAUUUGCUGCUGCAUCAUUGGCAGCUGUUGUUUAUCUGAUAUGGAGAAAUAGGAACAAGUGUUUGUUUGAGUUAAGCUCUUGGUCUAUUGACUACGUUAUUCAACAGAUUAGAUGUUAUGUAAAGGUUAGGCUUACUAGGAUUCCUAAGAUAAAAAUCAAUCAUUGGGAUAUAGCUGUGUUUGAUUACCUGAUGCAUUUGUAA